AUGACGAAUGUCACAACUCCUCCUGGAGAGGAGUCCAUCUUUGGAUGGGGUCCUCUAAUCCAAACGGUAGUUUUCAUCAUUUAUGGUGUUAUUAUUAUGCUCAGUCUGCUGGGCAAUACAAUUGUCAUCCUCGUUAUUCUUCGUUGCAAGUCCAUGCAAUCAAUAACAAACCUCUUUAUUACCAACCUUGCUGUCUCUGAUUUACUCAUGAGUCUGGUUGCGGCGCCAUUUACACCCAUCGCUGCGUUCUCCGACACAUGGGUGUUACCUCAGUUUCUCUGUAAGCUUCUCAGCUUCACGAUGGGGGUUUCAGUGUACGUCUCCACACUGACGUCUACAGCCAUUGCAGUGGAUCGCUAUCUGGUCAUUGUGCAUCCCUUCUUCGCAAAAAUGCGCAAUUGGAUGUGCGGAACCAUUAUUGCCACAAUUUGGGCCAUCGCCACGCUCAUCUGCUUACCGCUUGCUAUCCAUCAAACCACUACUGUCGAUCCCGUCCUAAAUGUUACAAUUUGUACGGAGUCAUGGCCUCCUGGGGAGUCUAGACGGGUAAAACUUGUAGUAGUCACCUCACAAAUCUAA